GUAAUAAAAGGAAUAAAGGAAGUGAUUUACCACCAAUGAAGAACAAAGGGAAGGAGAUGGCUCAUGUAUAGGAGAUAAGAGUUCAAGGAUCGAGCUCUUCUGCAAUUACAGAUGCAGACUGAGUGGGUUAGCGGGUUGAACUCAAUGGAAGAUGUUGGUCUUGAUGUUGGAAGAGAGGAAACAGACACCGCCAAAUCUUCUUUCGGAUGUCAAACAAGCUUUGUACUAUCCAGGAUCGCAUCACGAAGACCCUGAUUGGUGCGGGUGGUCAGCUUAGAGGACUGUACUUCUUUAGUAGCAUGAAUGUGGCUGUGAUGUUGAUGGCUGGAUGCACAGACCGUUUGUCACGGGCCGUAUGGCAUCGACUAGGAUACCCAUCUCUUAAAAUUGUAGACAAGCUGCAUGUUUCUUGUUCUUCUAGUUCUGCCAUUUUAAAUGUGAAGUUUGUAUCCGCGCUAAGAAUUCUCGAGAUGUUUUUCCGAUCAGUUUGAAUAAGACUACUGCUGAUUUUGAAUUGAUACGUUGUGACUUAUGGGGACCCUAUAGAACACCCGUUCUGUGUGUUGCACAAUACUUCUUAACUAUACUUGAUGACUAUUCUCAUUUCUAAUUGAUGUAUUUGUUACCGAACAAGCAACAAGCACCUAUUAAAAUUCUACAGUUUUUCUCACUCGUUAAAAGACAGUUUUACAUGAGUAUUAAGUCAUUCCGAUCUGAUAAUGGCAGUGAGUUUAUUUGCCUUACUGAUUUAUUUCAAUAGAAGGGAGUGAUACAUGAGACUUCAUGUGUUGGGACUUCUCAGCAGAACGGCCGGGUUGAGAGGAAGCACCAACAUAUAUUGAAUGUGGCUCGCGCAUUGCGAUUUCAGUUGUCUCUACGUUAGAGGUUUGGGGACAAUGUACUCUGGCUGCUGGAUAUCUAAUAAAUCGUACUCCAUCAAGGUUUGGUGAUUAUAGAGAAAGUCAGCAAAAAGCAGAAACUUGGCCCACGCUAAAUAACCAUAAGGCCGGAGACUAAUCCUGGAAGCUAUGAUACAGGGAAAUGGCAAAAACUCUGGUCGUCGGCUGAAGGUCUUUGGUUUGGGCUCACUCAGGUAAAACUCUGUUUCACGGGGCGACAAGCUUUCCACUCUAUUUUCUCUCUAGCGGAAGCUGAGCUGUUGGGUCUUCUAUGGGCAGUGGAAGCAAUGGCUAACAUGAAACAAGAUCAGAUCAUUUUUGAAGCUUCCUUCGAGUAGUCUAGAGAAGCUAUACUGAACUCUUCCUUCUACCCACCAUCUUCAAGAGCGAGUUCAGGGCAUUAAAAGUUUCCUUAACAAGAUCAAUCUCUCGUCUUUGUAACAUACAUGCCCGCUAAAGAACCAAGUUGUGUUGUACAUUGCUAGUAGUGUUACUCGGGAUCACAUGCCACUGGACCUUCUUGUCUUUGCAUUCUAUUGGAUAAGGAAGCUUCAUAAUGAUUACCAACAAUAUAUCAGGAAGCACCAGGUAAAAAAAAAAAUAUUGGCAAGCAUUACUGUCAAUUGCGAUAUUUGAGGAAAAAUGUCAAUAUAUUGAAGUGUGUUUAAAAAAAAAUUCAACACUGAAAGUUCAUUCAUCACUAAAGAGAUUCAGGGAUGGGAUACAUUUUUGCUACACAGAGCCAACAGUAACAUAGGUCCCUAGAGCCAAAAGCCAGCAGAAUUACAAGAAUUCUCUGAAGCCAAAAUAAAAUGUUUAGGCUUAGGGAUCCCACCUGUGAUCCAGACAAUAUAAUUCCAAGUUACCUCCAAUCCUUUUGCAGAUAAGAUACCGUAGACCUGACCCGUAGAGUACCUUGUAUUAGUCUUACCUUCUAAUUCCCAUUCGUAAUGAUCAUCCACUGUUGACACUUGACAGUUGGAUUGUUGUCAAGUAGGCAUGAAGUUGCAAAUGUUCAUCCAAGCGAGCAUGAGGAAGAAUCUGGUUGCAGCUGUAGAGAAUUGAUAGUGUUGCAUCUUCUUGAAUUCCAAGAGAGAAGUUGGAGUCGUUAUGCAGGUAGUGCUUGAGAGAGCUAAAGGUGGACCAAUUCUCAGUCCAGAACCGACAGGUGAUACAAUUCCCCCCCCCCCCCCCCCCCCCACUCUUAGCUUGAUACAAUCAUAUAUAGGUCUUAUUUUGAGCAGUUUGUUGAUUAACCAUGAAUUUCUGGUGCUUGGUUGUAGGGUCCAGAAAGUGCUAAGGUUUCCAUUAAGAAGAAGUUCAGUCAAUUAAAAAAAAAGACAAAUGGAGAUAUAGUUUCUACAUACUCUCUCUGUUUCUAAAAGAUCCAUGUUUUAGAAUUUUCACACUUUUUAAUAAAACAUAUUAAAAUUAAACUUAUAACUUAGCUAUAAGUGCAUAGUUUUUUGUAAUUUUAUAUUUCCUAUAUUCUUAAACCAAUAAAAUUUUUUAAAAAAUGCAAUUAAUGUUUUUUAACUUCACAAUUUUUCAUUAUUAGUUGACAAAAAUUACAUUAGAAAUAUAAAAUAUGUAUCUUUUUGAAACAUAAAUUUUUUCUAUAAUAUGGAUUUUUUAGGAACGGAGAAAGUAUGUUUUAAGAGUCUCUCGACAAGAAACAUUUUCAUUCUCUCUCUUUCCUAAUUAAUUUUUUUCAAUACUUAGAUGCUGAUAAACCUAUUGACAUACUGUCAAUAAUAAUAGUCUGAAUAUGCUGUAUAUGCUGUAUAAUAUUUCCCGUAUGAACUAGUCAUAUUGUUUUGUCAACUAGAAUUAGUUAUAGAUAAUAAAAAUUAUACACUGGGUCUUUCGCAGAAAUAUUGACGUCUGACCUUAUCAAUACUUGUAUAUCAUUUAUAAAGACAUGAUCAUGCCUCCCUCUAUAGAUUAACCAUGUUCUAUUCUUUACCACAAUAAUCUCUGAUCAUCACGUCUUCUUCUCUCCUCAGCCACCAAGGUUACUUCCCUUUCUCUCUCUCUCUCUCCUUUCCAAUAUUGCAGAACUCUAUAUGGUUUUAUCCCUGCAUUUACUAAAUCUGAAAUAUAGUCCAAAAUGUUAAAUGUAAAUGUAAUAGGCAUUUUGUAAUAACUUGUCCAUGUACAACGUGAAAUGUUGCUGAUUAAAGUUUCCUCCGUUUUAAGCUUUUCAUCGUGAAAGAGUAUUUUUCUCUAUCAAAUUCCCAACAUAAUAAAGAAACACAUGCAUGUGCGAAAGAGUGCAGUAACGAGCUAAGAACUGAUUCAAUACUCUUUCUACAUGUAUCAAGAUUAAAAAUCAGUUGGUGAUGGCACAAAAACUGGAAGCCAUUGGUAGCACAAAUGGCUUUACAUUCGAUGAUGGAUCUGACCAUGACAGUGUUUCCAAGAUUUUUGUUGGAGGUGGUCUUCAGGGAAUUCUUUACAUGGAAUUUGAAUAUGUAAGGAGUGGACAGCUUAAAUUUGGAUCACUCGUUGGUCGCCGUCAUAGAGGUUUCAUAGAGACGUUUGAGAUUAACCAUGUCAAAAAUGAACAUCUCGAAUCUGUAGAAGGUUACUACGAUCAUGAAUCCGGUUACAUUCAAGGACUUCAGUUCAAAACUAAUUUCAGAGUUUCAGAACUGAUUGGAUAUGAAAAGGGUAAUAAGUUUACACUUGAAGUUAAGGGAAAAAAGAUCAGUGGCUUUCAUGGAUAUAUGAGGAAGAGAAACAUCAUCGCCCUUGGAGCAUACUUCACUAUGAUUCUUCCUAGUAGACUGGACGUGAAAGGCGGCAAGGGAGGCCAUCAGUGGGAUGAUGGAGCUAACCAUGACGGUGUAACAAAGAUUCAUGUACGAGGUGGUUUUGACGGCAUUCAAUAUAUCAAAUUUAAUUAUGUCAAGAAUGGAGAAACCCAAGAUGGACCAAUCCAUGGUAUCUCCGGUAGCGGUUUCACACAGACGUUUGAGAUAAACCAUUUCAACGAUGAACAUUUGGUUUAUGUUGAGGGUUACUACGACGAUGAAUCUGGUGUAAUUCAAGCACUUCAAUUCAAAACUAACCUCAAGACUUCAGAUGUUUUAGGAUAUGAAAAGGGUAAGAAGUUUUUACUAGCAGACAAAGGUAAGAAAAUCAUUGGCUUUCAUGGAUACGCUGACAAGAAUCUCAAUUCUCUUGGAGCAUACUUCACAACGGUUUCUCUUACCAAAUCCGAACGCCAUGGUGGUUCUGAAGGCGUAUACUGGGAUGAUGGUGUUUUCGAAAGCAUAAGAACGGUGUAUGUUAGUUAUGAUACCAAUAACGUAAAGAGUAUCACGUUUCACUAUCACAACCGCACAGUUAUAGAGCGUCAACAUGGGUGGCAGACUAUACAAGAUGAUUUAGAAGAAGAAGAGUUUGAGCUCGACUAUCCAAAUGAAGUGAUUACAUAUGUUGAGGGGACUUUCAAAAGAUUUGGGCCUGGCAAGACGAGGGUAACGUCAUUGAUUUUCAAAUCAUCUGAAGGGAGAACCUCUCCGUCAUUUGGAGUAGUGUAUGGUACCAAAUUUGUGCUAGAGAAAAAAGGUUGUGCUGUGGUUGGGUUUCAUGGACGGCAUGAUGAUCGAGAUCUUGUUUCUAUUGGAGCCUAUUUUUCUCCAAUGCCUCCUCCUACUGCAGAGAAAUUACGAGCACAAGGUGGUCUUCGAGGAGAAUCAUGGGACGACGGUGUUUUCGAUAGUGUUAGAAAAUUAUACGUUGGACAAGGUGAUAAUGGUGUUGCAUUCCUUAAGGUUGUGUACGGGAGGGACACUCGUAUUGUUAUUGGUGAAGAUCAUGGAAACACAACACCACUUGAAGUCAAAGAGUUUGAGCUCGAAUAUCCAAGUGAAUACAUUACAGCCGUGGAUGGUUGUUAUGACAAAGUAAUUGGAAGUGAAGUUGAAGUUAUAACUAUGCUUAGGUUUACAACGAACAAACGAACAUCUAUUCCCGUAGGUUUCCUAUCUACCUCGAGCUUUUUACUGUACAAAGAUGGCUUUAAAAUUGUUGGAUUCCAUGGAAAGUCAAGUAACAUGAUUAAUCAACUUGGGGUCCAUGUUCUGCCCUUCACUUAUUAAUCACCUUCUGAUCUCACAUGUUGAUUAUUGUCUUAUUUAUGCAACACCUCACGUGAAACUAUUUCAAUAAAGAAACAUGUUUCGACCUGUGUUGUACAUACUCAUGAUUAUUUAAAAUCAUGUAUGAUAGUUUAAUUUGGUAAAUAACUACUGUAAAAGUUUAACUAUAUAAAUUGAAUCCGUUUUAUAUUGGUACAAAAUAUUUUGGAAAAAUUUUACUUUUACCACGUGGUUGGUAUCAUUAUUCAUGUCUACCUCAUUAAAGAGAUAUAUUCAAAAAUAUUUUUUAGAGGUAUAAAUAGAUAUAUAAAUAUAAAUAAUUAUUAAAAUAAUAAUAAUUUAUAGUUUUAGAAUUACACUUUUUCAAAUUCUAUUCUUUUAUAAAAAAAAUUUAUUUUUUUUCUGCAAUUUUUUCGAAGUAAUUUUUGAAUCUAUUUUCUAAUUUUUUUUAAAAAAAUUAGGUAUUUAUUUAUAUAUUUAUUAAAACCCUAAACUUCACAUUCUAAACCCCCUUUCCUCAACUCUAUACCCCAAAUCUAGGUUAGUUAACUCAAUGAUUAUAAAUUUAUAACUGAUUAUUUAUCUCUAUAAAAAUGAGGGUAAAUAUGGUUAAGUUAACAUAAAAAUGUAUUAGGAAUGUGGUAGUUUUGACAAUUUAUCAAAUAUUAUGUGAAUUUUACACAAAAGAUAUGCUUUUAUAAUUAAAUUCACCAUUAUUUUAAAUAAAUGUAGUUACAUAUUAAUAAAUGUUGGUGUUUUACAACAAUUUAAUCAUCUCAUACUGCUCUAAACAUUUUCAAAAUCAACUAGUUCUCUUUAACGCUUGCGGUUGUAGAUGAGUAAAUAAAAAUCUAAAAAAAGACUUCAUUUAAAAUAAUUAAAAAAAAUAAAAUUAUAAAUAUAGAAACUAUAAAUAAAAAUACAUAAAAAUACUUUAUAGAUUUAAAGUCACUAACCAAUAUCAUAACUUUAUAUUUAUAAGAACUUUAAAAUAAAAUAUUCUCUAAAAAUUUUGGUUAACCACUAACAUAUAUAUAUAUGUUAAUCAACCCAAAAUUUAUAAAAAUCUAAUAUUAAUUUUUAUAAAAUAAAUAAUUUCUUCAUUAGAAUAUAUAACAUUCAUCUAAACUUUUUUUUUGAAAAAAAAAACUAAACAUAAUAUUAUUUUAAUUAUAAUAAAUUUAUAUUUAAUUAUGAUAAUAUGAUUUAAAUUAUUUUCUAUGUGUAUAAUAUGGUAAUAUUUUUAAUUUAUGAUUAAAGUGCUGAUGCAUCUGCUAAUCAACUAAUCAUAAGUUUUCUACCAACACACUUAUUUUAAAAUGAUAUGCUAGUCAACAAUUGCUUAAUAAUAAUCCCGCACCUGCAGUGGCUGCGUUUAAAAAGAAUCUCAUUUGGUAUUUAUUUGUUUGGGCUGGAUAUGGUUGGUUCCGCCCGAAUUUGGAUCGGUUUGGGUAAUUUGAUUGAAAUUCAGACGUCUGCUCAUGGAUAUCCACCAGAUACGCUUAAAUCGACCAUAAAUAUGUUCCACUUUGGAUAUCUUGUAAUCAAACUAAACAAAUUACCCAAAAUACUCAUUGGAUACAGUAUGGGUCGGUUUUUCUAUAUGAAAGUAAUGAUGCAUAUCAGUUACAAAAAAAAAAGUAAUGAUGCAUAUGGUAUGAUUUUAGUAUUUAUAUCCAAACUAAAAUAUCAGAACUACAGAAAAUAACUAAACAAAUUUA